AUGGACACCGCUGUGCAACGUUUCGUGGCUCCACAGCUGCAAAACAUUGCAAGUAACGAUUUGUGCCGCAAUGUCGGCGAUGUCUCACCGUAUGGUCGCCGCCUUCCGCAGCCCGCGCUGUUUGCGGUCGACAUUGACGGCACCUUUUUGUCCGCGGAGCCCGAGGUACGUAGGAAGAACAGGGCCGCAUUCGCUAACGCCCUCAAGGCUGGGUACAACGUCUUUUUUUGUACAGGCCGCCCUCACGUGAGCUCGAUGGCUGUCCUGGAUGAGCAGUUUGUGCGCUCCACCGGCUAUCGGGGCUACCCCGGUGUCUACCACAAUGGUGCUGUGGUAUACGACGGGUCCGGUACGGUGCUCCGGAUGACCGUUUUCGGAACCUCGUUCCUUACGGCGUUCUGCGAGUUCCUCGUGUCGCAGCAGCUCGACAAAUACGCGGCCUUCUGCGACAUGAACGGCGCCUACAUGAUCUGCCACGACAACAGCUGCAUGAAAGAGAUACUGGAGGACGUGGACAUUCGCGAUCCGCCCACCGUGGUCACACCGGCCGACCUUCUACUGAAGCAGAUAUCACUCAUCAUCAUCCACCACAAGGAGAUCCUCACCCAGCAGACGCACCUGAAGUGCGAUGUGGACUAUGUCCUCAAGGAGGGAUCUUUUGGCGCCUGGGACGUCACUCCGUGCACCUCUACUAAGGCCGAGGGCCUCAAGGUGCUGCUGGACAGCUACGGAGUCUCCAACGCGGACUGUGGUUUCAUUGGUAACGGCACCAACGACGUAGAGGCGAUGACCCUCUGCGACCUGUCGUUCGCUGUUCAAAAUUCCGAGGCGAAUGUCAAGGAGUACGCCAAAUACACACUCGCCGAGACUAACGACGAAGGCGCAUUCCACACUGUAAUGAAACUAGUGUACGGCGUGCCGUGCGAUUGA